UCUUGUAAUUUUUCUAUAUGUCCAUAUCCUUUGAAAUUCUCUUACCAUAAAAUUUGGACAUAUUUCAGGUAGAAUUCUGUUGAUUUAGGAUUUUAGCUUUGAAGAAAGUGAAUUGAAUUAGCCAAGCAGUCAUGGAAGCCCAGGUAGAGAAAGUGUAUGUUGCACUUGGAAAUGAGCUGCAAGAUGGAUUUAAUACCUUGGCGUGGACACUGAGGAGGUGGAAAUCUCAGCCUAUUUCCAUAGUCAUUCUCCAUGUAACCUACAGCAUUUCAGGGAAGGAUUAUGUUUACACACCAUUUGGCAAGCUCCCUGCAAGUUCUGUAAGUGAUGAGAAAUUGAAAGUUCUUAAGAGGUAUGAACAGAAAAAGAUGGACAAUAUCCUUUCCAAGUAUAUAGCGUUCUGCGGCAAGGUGAAAGCUGAAAUACUUAAAGUGGAGCAAAAUGAUGAAUCUAUUCAUAAGCUCAUCCUAGACUUGAUUUCGGGACUUCACAUAACGAAAUUGGUCAUUGGAUUUACAUUCAUCAAAUCAUCAUCAUGGAGAAUGAAGACUGCAAUCAGCAUGUUAUUUUACAUCCACGAGCACAAGACUGAGUCCUGCGAAUUGUUCAUAAUUUAUGGGGGGAAAGAGUUAUUUCUAAGAGGAGAAAAUGAUCAAAGAAUCCAGGAGGAUGGGAAAGGAGUGAUGGUUGCAAAAAAGAAAGACAAGGUCAGCUUCAAAUUUAUGUUAGAAAAGAUGUUCCUUGAAAAUCGUCACAGCCUGUUUGGUUCACCAACAAAAAAGGAUUCCGCCAAUUUGCAAAAUUUGUGGGAAAAUUGUGUUCAAGAAAUGGAAAUUUACUACCAGCAGUUGUGUUCAAACUUGGAUGUAGAAAAUUGUGACCAGGGAAAUGGUACAGGUACUUCGCAGCAGCCUAGUCCAACAGAGGCUAUAAUGCUGCAAAUUAAUGGGAACCCUAAUAUGAGCUCUGCAGAAAAAAUUGAGUUUCUUAGGAAAACAAUAAGCGUAACUCGUGGGAUGAUAAGAAUGAAGAAGAAAGAAGCCAAGGAAAAUGCUGACAGGCAUGCAAAAGCCGAACGGGCCAUUUGUUUAUGCGAGCGCCGGGCUCAGGAGUUAGACGUUCAAAUUAAAGAAGAGGGUGACAAUAGAAGAGAGUUGAACAAAGAAUUAGACACGGAAAAAGAACAACUCCAUGUAGUAGUUAACGAAAUUGAAGAAAGCAGGAACAAGAUGAAGUCACUCAUAGAGCUUCAAUAUGAGCUUUCACACAAGCUCCAUAUGUCCAAAAUGGCAAAAUCACAAGCGGAGGUCCAGCUAGAGAAUGAAGUGAUGAAAUGUACAGACAUGGAGAGAGAAAUUGAAGUAAUCCGACGAGAAAGAGAUGUGUUUCGACGAAGGAUUGAAUUUUGCAGACAACAGGAUGCCACAGGAACGGCAGAAGGGUUGGGUGAAUUGAGCUGCUGUCUCAGAGAGUACACAGAUGAGGAGAUCAAACAGGCCACCAACGAAUUUUCAGAACGUUUUAGAUUGAAGUCAGGAAGUGAUUUGAGCAGUGUCUAUAAAGGGCGUAUCAAUCAUGUCACAGUUGGUAUCAAAGUUCUUAACCCGGCUAAUGGACUGUCCCAAGAAGAUUUUCAGGCUAAGGUGAAGCUAAUCAGCAACAUCAGACACCCACACCUGCUUGCCAUGAUGGGCCACUGCUUCCAGCCAAACUGCACUGUCUUUGAAGACAUGCACAAUGGUAGCUUGCAAGACGUCUUAUUUUCCUCCCAUGAAAAAAUGAACCCGGCCCGGGACCUUCAGUGGCAGGACCGCAUCCGCAUUGCGGCAGAGGUUUGCUCUGCCUUAUGCUACCUCCACAUGGCUCAGCCCAAACCCAUUAUUCAUGGCCACCUCAGCCCAUCCAACGUCCUCCUUGACCAGAAUCUCGUGGCCAAGGUCAGUGGUUUAGGGCUCAACCAGUCCUACGACGAAAGUCAUGUCGGAUGGGACAUACAGGCCUUUGGGAUUUUGACUCUCAAUCUUAUAACUGGGAAGAACUGGGUUGAUGAGGCAAUGCUCAUGGAAAAGGCAGGAUUAGUUCGAGUUUUAGAUGAGAAGGCUGGAGCAUGGCCAUUGGAUUUGGCAGAAGAACUUGUAAGCUUGGUGUUAAGGUGUUUAUCCGUUAACAACGGACCCAAUACGGAUUUAAGAAUGGUGACAAUAAUGGAGGAACUUUGUGAAAUCAGAAAAAAGGCUGAUGUUUUAAUAGUAAGUUCUGGCUUGAAUAUUGAGGGAAUUGUGCAUGGAGAGCUCACCAAUGAAGUCCCGAGGGUUUUCUUAUGCCCCAUAUUUCAGGAAGUAAUGAAGGAUCCACAUAUAGCGGCUGAUGGAUUUUCGUAUGAGAAAGAAGCCAUUGAAGAAUGGUUGCGACUGGGACACGAUACAUCACCGAUGACAAAUUUGAAGCUUGAGCACAACAUUGUAAUCCCUAAUCACACCUUACGGUCUCUCGCUCAAGAUUGGCAUUAUAAAAGAUCAAUUCUAUAUCCAUGAAUUGUGACAAUCUUAUUUUAGAAAUUCCAAUGGACAUAAUAUCUUUGUUGUACAUAUUUUUAGCAAGUGUGUGAAUUUUGUAUUGUGUAAAUUGUAUUAUUGAUGUAUUUCACUU